AUGGCUUCAGCUUCUUCAGCCAUUGCCUUCUCCGUUUUCCUCUGCCUUCUUCUUCUUCCUCCUCACCUCUGCGACUCGUACCACGCCGGCCGCUACGCUCGACGGUCCACGCAUUUCGUUGUGCGCCGCUCCGGUGACGCGUCGGAAUCGGCGGCGCCGGCGACCUGCUCGUCCAUCAAUUCCGGCGUGGGUGAUGGCAAGAAGCUACCUCUUCUGCACCGGAUGAACCCGUGCUCCCCUCUGAACGCCGGAGGGAAGCAGAGAUCGAUGUCGCCGGCGGAGGUCUCCCACCGCGACGGCCGCCGUCUCCGCUCCCUGUUUGCCGCCGUCCAGUCAGGCUCCGGCGGAGACGCGGCCGGUGCCGCGACGCCUGCCCCCGCGCCUGCAUCGGACGGCGACAGUACCGUCCCCACGACCGGCGCCGCCGUGGCUAGUGCGCCCGGCUUCCACGACUACACCGUCGUCGUCGGCUACGGCACGCCGGCGCAGCAGCUCCCCAUGGGCUUGACCACGGGACUCGGCGUCUCUCUGGUCCGGUGCACGCCGUGCGGCGCCGGGGCGCCCUGCGACGACCUGGCGUUCGACCCCUCGCGGUCGUACACCUUCGCGCCCGUGCCGUGCGGCUCGCCGGACUGCCGGAGCAACUGCUCAAGCUCGGCCUCGGCGUCGUGGUGUCCGCUCACAGUACCGUUCUUGGAGGGCGCCGUCGUGCGGGACGUGCUGACCUUCACGCCGUCGGCGAGCGUCCACGACUUCACGUUCGGCUGCGUCGAGGGCUCCAGCGGCGGUCCGGCCAUCACGCCACCCUCAGGCGCGGCGGGGCUGCUCGACCUCAGCCGGGACAGCCGGUCGCUGGCAUCCCGGCUCGCCGGUGGCACCUUCUCCUACUGCCUGCCGCGGUCCACCACCUCCCACGGCUUCCUCGCCAUGGGCGACGACGACGUUCCGCAGAACCGCCGCGGACGCGUGACGGCCGUGGCGCCGCUGGUGGACUGCCCGGCCCUACGCAACCACUACGUCGUAGAGCUCGCCGCCGUGAACCUCGGCGGCCGAGAUCUCCCGAUCCCGCCCGCCGCCGCGUCCGCCACAAACGCCACGGUCCUCGACACGGCGAUCUCCUACACCUACCUCAAACCCUCCGCGUACGCGCUCCUCCGCGACGCGUUCCGGCGGGACAUGGCGAGGUACCCGGCGGCGCCGGCGGUCGGUGACCUCGACACGUGCUACAACUUCACCGGGCAGCCGGAGGUGGCGCUGCCUCUGAUCAACCUCAGGUUCGGGAUCAGCGGCGAGAUCCUGCUCCUUGCUCCCGAGCAGAUGCUCUACCAGACGGAGCCCAACAACUUCUUCUCGGUGGCGUGCCUGGCGUUCGCGGCGCUGCCGUCUGACGACGCGCCGGUCUCGAUGGUGAUGGGGACCCUGGCGCAGUCGUCGAUGGAGGUGGUGCACGACGUGGACGGAGGGAAGAUCGCGUUCAUCCCGGGGAGCUGCUGA